UCCAUCAGCAGCCCUCAGGUGUAAGAACGCAGUGGGUGAUUGCCGAGGCAGAUAUAAGAAAUAAAAGUUAUGCGUUAAGCUAAAAUAAAAUGCUACCAUAUGCUCUGCCGAAAGCUCCUGAGAGGCCCUUUACCGAGCUCUUAGUGGGGUGGUGAGAGAUGCUGGUUCAUGGUGGUGCAGGAUGGCAGCAGUCAGGGGUCUGUCCCAUCUGGAUGGACCACUCAGGUCCUCUUUGUGAGCUGGAGGGGAAGAGUUUAACCUGGAGAGACUCACAGGGCUGUUUGUAAGGGAAAUAACCCUGUCGGAUCAGCAUUGCAGGAACAUGUGGGGCCCACUGGAAAAAGUGCAGAUCCUGCACAUUUUUUUGCUUUUUCUACAGAAACCAACUUUAGAAGGUUGUUGGGGUUGUUUUAGGGUUUGUUUUUUGUACAAGUUUGCAUUUCUUGUGUCAGUGUGGGACAUUUAGGAGAUAAUACAUUUUUCCAUGAAAGACAGCCGACAGAGCAGCAGUAGCAAGAGUGUGCCUGUACACGGUGGUCCUUUGGUCUCUGGAGCUUUGUAAUUCAAAGCCCCAGCUGGAUACUGGAGAUGGGGCUUGGCUGGGCAGGAGCCAGCGUAGCCAAGGCCCUUGUGGAGAUUCUGUUGGCAGAGAAUGCACUAUAUCAUCAUAGAAAUGAUUCUUCAGGAUAGGUUUUUAGGUCCCUUGGUAUUACAGAGUGUGGGUGGGACUGUUUCAUUCCUUGGUAUCCUCCAGUUUUCUUCCACAGUGCAUGGAAAUACACUGGAAUACCUGCCUCCCAAGACAAACAACUUUCAUCUGAGAACUUGAGAGUCAUAAUGAAACAACAGGGUUUUUUUUCUUCCUGUUACGUAUGAGUUAGUUUGGCUGUCUUAGUAGUUUAGUGGAGUGUUGAAAUGUCCCUUUUCCUUGCUGCUUGGUUUUGAAUCUGGCUUUUCCUCCGUGCUCUGAUUGUUGCUUCCUUCUGAUCACAGAAGCUGGAGGUGCUAGGACUGGCUGGGUCCCUUCUGGUGUAUUUCCUUUCUAAUGCAGGAGUACCUGGAGAGAUGUGUUCUCUGCAGCUUACACUGUAUAAUCUCAAAAGUCCACAGCAGAGAGAGCUUCUACUAUGCCACCUGAGAGAUGGUUUAAGUGUUGAACAGACCUCUGCUUGCCAUGCUUCCCAUGCCCCGUGGCAGAUCCACUUCAUUAAUUGGUCUCAUUAAAUCUCCAUAUUCCUGUAGUGUGUUUCAUUCCUUCCUUUGGGUCAUUCUUUUACUUAUUCUGUCCUGUUUCCUAGUGUUUGGAGCCUUUGGAGACCUCCUCAUCCUGUUAGCGAUGUCACUGUUUAGCCAGGCCAAUUUUGAGGAUGAUAGCCAGAAGCAACCAGCUAUUGGACACUGGAAACCACUAAUGCCAUCCAAAGGGAGCAAGGAGGAGACAGAAGCUGGGUGCCAGGAUGCUGGAGGUGUGGAUGAGACCCAGUCCACUGAGCAGCUCAACGUGUCACGUCUACGCAGCUCUUCAGUGGAAAUCCGUGAAAAAGGGUCUGAAUUCCUGAAGGAAGAGCUGCACAAAGCACAAAAGGAGCUGAAGCUGAAGGACAAAGAAUGUGAGAAAUUAUCAAAAGUCAGAGAACAACUGGAGCAGGAACUAGAGGAGUUAACAGCUAGCCUAUUUGAGGAAGCACACAAGAUGGUGAGAGAAGCAAACACUAAACAGGCGGCAUCAGAGAAACAGCUGAGGGAGGCACGGGGGAAGAUCGACAUGCUGCAGGCAGAGGUAACAGCUCUGAAGACAUUGGUCAUCACGUCAACACCUUCUUCUCCAAACCGGGAGCUGCACCCUCAGCUUCAGAGCCCUUCUAAAGCUGGCUUCAGAAAGGGCCAUGGGCGAAACAAAAGCACCAGCAGUGCAAUGGUCUCAGCUGCCAGCCAGAAUGUGACUCCAGAGCCUGUCAGCCGUGAGUGCAAAGAGUCUGGGUUACCUGCUCUCCUUUCUUUGCUCCUCUGUUUCAUCCCUGGGAAGGCAAUCCACAUCACCUAUGAACCAAGCUGGCAGGCCUUGGGGGCAGAUGCUUCCUCGUCCUUGCAGCAGGUCGACUCCAUUUUAUUUGCUGAGUUCCAGGCCUGGAAGGAAUCUCCAACCUUAGAUAAAUCCUGCUCCUUCCUGGACAGAAUUUAUCGGGAAGAUGUAGGACCUUGUCUGGACUUUACUAAGCAUGAGCUGUCGGAGCUGGUGCGAGUGGCUGUGGAGCAGAAUACACUCACCAUUGAGCCAGUUGCUUCUCAGACACUGCCUGCGGUGAAGGUGUCAGCAGAAGAGUGUGGUGGCCCAAAUGGGUUCCGGUCACAAAUUGUAACGAAGUGUGCUCUGAGUGGCCUCCCCAGGACCUGCAAGCACCGCAUCAUGCUGGGGGAUUCUGGGAAUUACUACUACAUUUCACCAUCCUGCAGGGCCAGAAUCACAGCGGUGUGCAACUUCUUCACAUACAUUCGCUAUAUUCAGCAGGGCUUGGUGAGGCAAGAUGUGGAGCUGAUGUACUGGGAGGUCAUGCGGCUCCGGAGGGAGAUGUCUCUGGCCAAACUUGGGUUUUAUCCCAGUGAGAUGUAGGCAGAGGCCUAAGCAUGGAAGGAAACUGGUCCUGUAUGAACAGCUUGUCAAACGUAGUCUGCCAAACAGACGAAUGCAGUGCCUCUCCUGCAACAGGCCUUACUUGCUCCCACCUUUCUCUGCAUGAAGCUGAUCAAGGAGCAAGAAGCACAAGUUCCACCUUCAGCUCUCCCACAUCUCCAACUGUGAGCAGACUGCAGUUGCCAUGCUACCCUCUCAGAGCUGGGCUGGGCCUGGCUGCUCUGGGGUGGCUGCCUAUAGACUGUCCUCUAUGGAGUCUCCUAUAUGCAGUGUGUAUCCAUAUGUUUGUUUAAACUUUUGUUUUUAUAUGCAAGCUGCUUUGGCAUAACCCGAGGCCAGUCCUGGGCAAGGCAGGAGUCCUGGACCUUCUUUGUAAGCAAGUCUUUCAGGACAGAUGCUGGCUGUCUGUCCAUCUGAUCCACUUAUUCUUUGGGGUGGAGGGUGCUGUGCCCAGCCAUACACUUAGGUCCUGCUGACCACUUACUCUCCUAAUGGCCUUGUAGACGCCAGCAGCACACAAUAAUCUUAUGGAGAGCCAUGAACAGCCUGUUUCCAAGUACUUACUUGCUCCUUUUAAAGGGGCUUGCAUGAGAAGCUUUCUGCCAACUGAGUCACAAAGAGGGAUUUGUUUCUGGUUUUAGCUUGCAAUUUGGCACAGGGUGAUCCAGGUUGGGGGAACAGGCAGAACAGGGACCAGAGCUGUGCAUCUGAGGCCUUCAGCAGAAGAAAGUGAGCUGGGAAAGCCAUAACUCUCAGCUUGGCUGCAGUUGGUGCAGAAUGUUUUCUCCUGCUCUAGAAAAUCUGCUGUAGUUGCCACAGGCAGAUGCAGACCUUGAUGUGUUGGUGUUGGUCCUUGGUGCAGAAGUACCCCCAUGGUGCUCUUAGAAACCUCACUCACAAAGAUGUCUUUGAGGUGUUCUGCUCUGAAGGAGCUUUGGGCAGUGUUGUUCCCACUGUUUAGAUAAAACCUGUGGUCCCAGGCUGGGUUUUCAUGUCUCCGGAAGUAGCAUGCCCAGGCUGAGCAGUCCUGAGGCCUUCCUUGUAUGGCAUUAUACCUAGACAUGCAUGUCCACUGAGAAACCCAGCUUCUGGGCUCCCAUCCCCAAUGAGGGAAUCUGAGACAUCUUUGUGUGCACAUGAGGGAUGUAGCUGUGGUUCCUGUGUGCCUCAAAAUGUUCUGGGAGGGAUGUCAUUAAAGCUGUUGGAGGCCCCCUACA